GUAAGCCUACAUGUACAGUCACAGUCACACACACUCAGAGCAGACUCUGGUUGUUUCUACCAACACCUGAACAGAGGAGACCUUAAAACAUGUAGACGUAAUCCUAGAAAAACCAACAGGAGAGCACAGAGGUGAAUGCCAUCAUGUCCAUCAGUGUGGAUCUGAAGAGGAUCUUCAACCUGCCAGGACGUUCAGACAGAAAGGUUGAACUCUCCUUCAGAGGUUUCACUCAUAAAACCAGAGCCCCACAGUGUGAGAAUGUUGCCAUCUUCAACGAGCAUUUCCGUUGGCCCCAUUAUGGUAAAGAGAUCACAGAAGAACUUUUGUCUAUCAGCGUUUACAACUGCAGCAAAUUCUUUUCCAACAGACUGCUCGGUCAGCUUGUUAUUAGUCUGCAGCAUGUAGUUACCUCCGGGAGGUUGGUGCUUCGAGAACCUCUGACUGAUGCCAACUACAGCCUGACUGAUAUUAUUAUAGAGCUGGACAUUCGGUUCCAUCCACUGGAGGGAGUAGCAGGACAAUGGGAGGGGACUGGACUUUUUGGAAGUUGAAGACAGUGAUGAAUCAGCUAUGGUCAUCAGGAAUGAUGGAUUUGAUGACAUUGAGAGAGGGUCCAUGGUGUCUCGCAAUGAUCAACUGGAGAAAGAUGCUCGUCGUCUUGGUCAGAGCCUGAUCCGGACAGGCGAUGAAGACGAGGAUGAUGAGGAUUUUGAUUAUGAUGAUGACCUUGUGGAGAUGGAGACCUGUGACAUCACUUUAACUCCUCUCAGGAGUCGUUACAGACCCCUGUCUAGAACUGCUGUUGCAGCGAUGCCCAGAGUCCAGAGCUUUCAGGUGAAUGUGAACAUCCUGGAGGCUCAGAAGCUUGUCGGUGUGAACAUCAGCCCUGCAGUUUUUAUCAGAGUUGGAAGUCAGAAAAAACACACAGCAACACAGAAAUCCACGAACUGCCCAUUCUACAACGAGAAUUUCCAGUUUGAGUUUCAGGAGGCUCCUCAAAUCUUCUUUGAUGAAGUCAUAGAAAUAAAGGUAUUCCAUAGACGGACCUUGGCCUUCCUGAUGACCCACAUUGGGACCUUUAAGAUUGACAUCUCCACCGUGUACAGUCAGCCAGACCACCGUUUCUAUCAGAAGUGGGCUCCUCUCACCGACCCGACCGACACCAGGUCAGGAGUGAAGGGCUAUGUCCGGGCCAGCCUUAGUGUGCUGAUGAAAGGAGAUGCACUUCGGAUGCCCAGUUUAUCAAAGGGCUCCUCGUCUGGAAGCAGCGAGGAUAUAGAAAAACAUCUGUUACUUCCUCGUGGUAUGCCGUCUGAGCGUCCAUGGGCUCGGUUUCGUGUUCGGAUCUACAGAGCUGAGGGUCUCCCAACCAUGGAAGCAGGGCUGAUGGCAAAGAUGUCCGUCACUGAUCGGGCGGUUUUUAUUGACCCCUACGUACAGGUGACCUUCGCUGGACAACAGGGGGAAACAUCAGUCGCCAGUGCCACCAGCUACCCAGUAUGGAAUGAAGAAAUCUCCUUUAUUGAGCAGUUUCCUCCACUGGCACAGCGAAUCAGAAUCCAGCUCCUUGAUGACGCCAAGAUGGGAGACAUAGCUUUAGCUACGCACUUUCUGGACCUCCAACAGAUAUCUGAUCCCACCAGGAAUGGAUUUAACCCAACCUUUGGUCCAAAUUGGGUUAAUCUAUAUGGUUCUCCACAGAACUCCACCCUGGGAGACGUCCACCAGGCCUUAAAUGAGGGUUUGGGCGAAGGGAUCUUCUAUCGAGGUCGAAUCCUCCUGGCUCUCUCCAUGGAUGUUUAUUCCUCUCCGUCCGCCGUCUCCAGAGAUAUAGGCUCUGUUGCAGCCGUAAAGGUGAAAGGAGUGCAUGGCAAGUUUGGACGGAAGAAGAAAAAGAGCAGCAAGAAAGAGAAAAAGGAAGCAACUUCAGCUUCGAGUGGAUUAGCUGAUGAGGCUGGAGAAGCAGGAGUUGAGGUACCAGAGUCUGUCACUGUGGAAGUUGAGGAGAUCCAUCCUCUGCCUGAGGGUUAUCUGGGACAGAAGGAGGAGUUUCUGCUGUUUGCAUCUUUGUUUGAAGUGACAAUGAUAGACCCGACAGUAGGGACAAAACCACUAACCUUUGAACUCUCCAUAGGAAAUUAUGGCAAGGCAGUGGGAGUUGGGAGAUCUAAGAAAAGCCAGAGCAGGGAGGAGUUGAGGAGGAGCAGAGAAGAUCUGGCUGAGGAAACACACAGUUUGUUGGAGUCAGAGGAUGAGCUGGACAGAGGAGAUGACAAAUCCGAGAUUGGUCUCACUCAGGUGGAAAUUUAUCUGCGGAGGCCGAAGAGUAAAGCAAAGGAGAUUUUGACUGAGGUGUUACUAGAGCUGGUGACGCGUUGCAAACAGUUCAGCGCUUUCUCAGACAGGAGAUCACAGUCCCGUCCCAACAGCCUGGAUAAAUGCAGGAGAGAGUUUAUCAAAAAGAAUUUGGUUGUACUAGCCAGACAGGCAGUCAGAGUCAGGCGAAGGAUUACCAGAAACAAAACCAAAGAGCAUUUGAUGGAAAGCUGGAAAAUCCUAAGGAAGCUUCGACAACUGGCUGUAGAGCCCCAGAGCACCAUCCCAGAUGCUUUUCUUUGGUUACUUAAUGGAAGCAAACGACUGGCUUACGUCAGGAUUCCUGCCCACUCCAUCCUUUUCUCACUGGUGGAGGAGCAGAAGGGGCGGGACUGUGGCCGCAUCACCACUCUCUACAUGAAGUCUCCAGGAUGCUCCCCAAGUGAAACCUUUGCAAAGCUGGAGGUGUACCUGUGGCUUGGUCCUGUCAAGUACAGUAAAGAGGCAAUCAACAGCCUACCAGAAGAGUUCAUGCCAAUCUAUGAGGAGAUGGAGGAGGAGGAAACACAGAGACAACUUCCUGUGGAGGGAAGGAGAAAACAGCAGGUACUUCAGCUGCGGUGUCACCUCUACCAGGGGCGUGGCCUUAUGGCUGCAGAUGACGACGGCCUGUCAGAUCCGUUUGCAAGGGUGGUUUUCUCUACGCAGUGCCAGGUCACCAGGGUGUUGUCAGACACUCUCUCUCCUUCAUGGUGUGAGUGUUUGUUGUUUGACAAAGUUCUGCUGGAAGGAACGAAGGAGCAAUUUCAGCAAGACCCACCUCUCAUUAUCAUCAACAUCUAUGAUCAUGACACAAUGGGCAGCCCAAAGCCUCUGGGCCGAGCUUAUGCAGAGCCUGAGUUUAAAACUGUGGAGCAGUUUUAUGAAAAGCCCAGACUUCAGUUCUAUGAUGUCAGCAGAGGCCGGGUUCCCGCUGGAGAGCUGUUGGCUGCCUUUGAGCUCAUUGAGCUUGACUACUCUGCUUUUGGAGAGCCUCGCCUCCCCGUCAGUGUGGAUCCUCAGGAGCUGACCUACGACGAUGAACAGAAACAUUACAUCAUUCCAGAGGGAGUCCGACCUGUUCUGAAGACCUUCAGAAUCGAGGUGCUAUUCUGGGGUCUGCGGGAGCUGAAGAGGGUGCAGCUGUUUGAGGUGGAGCGGCCACAGGUGAGGGUGGAGUGUGCAGGACAGCAGCUGGAAUCUGAAGAGAUUCAGAGCUACAAGACCAACCCGAACUUUAAGGAAGUGGUCCGCUACAUCGAUGUGGAGCUUCCAGAGGAGUCUUACCUUCACCCUCCUCUGACGGUGUUUGUGGUGGAGCAUCGGGCAUUCGGUCACCUUGCUCUGGUUGGGUCCCAUGUUGUCCAGAACCUCAUGAACUAUGCUCCACGGGAAUGUGGAGAGGAAGAGGAACAAGAAAAAGAACCAAAAACAAAAGGACAUAAUUCAAAGAAGAUAAACCCUUUGACUUCAGUGAAGAACAUGAGACUCAGCGGAUUGCCAGUCAAACAAUCAAAAAUUCCCAUUAACCCCAUGAAGAUAGUUAAUGCUCCCCUGAAGAAGCUGAAGAGGAAGGCAGAGGAGCUGGAGGAAGAGGCUCCUGAGAAAGAGGAGCUGGACUGGUGGUCCAAGUACUAUGCAUCACUGGACGAGCUGGAGAAACUGGCUGCAGAGAGAGAACAAUUGGAGGAAGAAGCAGAGACAGACGGAGUACAUCUGACCAUGGCAAACAUUGAAGAAGAGGAGGAAGAAGCUGAUGUGGAGGAGAUCGAGCCUCCUAAACGCAAAAAGAUUGCCACACUAAAGCUGUAUGAGGGCGAUCUGGAGUCAGAGUUCAGUGACUUUCAGGACUGGCUUCAGAUCUUCCCCCUGUAUAAAGGCCAAGCCAUCACUGAGGACAAUGAGGAGGGUGAUGAAGAGAGGCUGAUGGGAAAAUACAAGGGUUCCUUCUUGGUUUAUCCCAUCGAUGUGGAAGACAGAGAUGACACCACAUGUCAGAUCACCAAAGGAAUUCCUAAAAAUUCACCUGCCAAAGUUUUGGUCAGAGUUUACAUCGUCAAGGCCACCAGCUUGGCUCCCACUGACCCGAACGGUAAAGCUGACCCUUACAUUGUUGUGAAGGUGGGAGAUCAGUGCUUGGACUCCAAAGAUCGAUACAUCCCCAAACAGCUCAACCCAAUGUUUGGAGAGGUGUUUGAACUCACAGUGUCUUUUCCCCUGGAGACGGAGUUGGUUAUAACCGUCAUGGACCAUGAUCUGGUUGGGGCAGAUGAUGUUAUUGGAGAGACUCGGAUUGAUUUGGAGAACCGGUUCUACAGCCGCCAUCGGGCCUCAUGCGGUCUCGCUCUUUACUAUGACACCGAUGGUUACAAUAAGUGGCGUGAUGCAAAGAAACCAUCAACAAUCUUGGCUGAGCUCUGCAGGAAGAAUGGCAUCCCAUCUCCAGAGUACAGAACGUCUGAAGUCAAAGUCCUCAGUAUGAUCUUCAAAAUACCACCAGAUGCCGUACCUGAAGGUCUGCUGAAGAAGAAUGAGCGGUCUCCAGAGGAAGAGGCAGAGAUAGAGGAGCAUGCAUCCCUGAAUGUGCUGCAGCGCUGGGGGGAGAUGAGGGAGUUCCUCCCUGGAGCCGUUCCUUUGGUUCCGGAACAUGUGGAGAUCCGGUCCCUGCAGAACCAGGACAAUCCUGGACUCCCUCAAGGAUAUCUUCAUAUGUGGGUGGACAUGUUUCCCACCGAUAUUCCAGCUCCGCCUGCUGUUGACAUAAAACCUCGUCUACCUGAACUGUAUGAGCUGCGUGUGAUCAUCUGGAACACCGAUGACGUGUUUCUGGAUGAUGUCAACCCUUUCACCGGCGACCCGUCUUCUGACAUUUAUGUUAAGGGCUGGAUAAAAGGCCUGGAAGGAGAUAAACAGGAAACUGAUGUCCACUUUAACUCCCUGACUGGAGAAGGAAACUUCAACUGGAGAUUUGUUUUUAGGUUUGAUUACCUUCCCACUGAGAAAGAAGUGGUGUACAAAAAGAAGGAAUCCAUCUUUUCCCUGGAGGAGUCAGAGUUUCGCCAGCCGGCUGUUCUGACGCUUCAGGUGUGGGAUUACGAUCGCAUCUCAGCCAAUGACUUUCUAGGGUCCAUAGAGCUUUCCCUCAGCAGCAUGGUGCGACCGGCAAAGACGUCCAGCAAAUGUACGAUUGAAAUGGCCAUGGACCAGGCCAGUCCUCGCUUCUCCAUCUUUCGAGCUAAAAAGAUGAAGGGCUGGUGGCCACUGGUCCGCUUGAAGACGGCUGAGGACUUUGAGAGGGAGGAGAAGGAGAAAAUGGACGCUAAAAAGAAGGGACACAAGAAGAAAAAGACCAAGGACAAAAGAAGCCAGAUGAGCAAAGAAGACAUCCAGUACACUGACAGUUUGGGCAACACUUACUUGUUAAUGGGGAAGGUGGAGGCGGAGCUUCAGCUGGUGGCGUUGGAGCAGGCGGAGGCGAACCCUGUGGGGCGUGGACGCAAAGAGCCAGAACCUCUGGAAAAACCAAACCGUCCUACCACCAGCUUCAACUGGUUCAUCAAUCCUAUGAAGACCUUUGUCUUCCUAAUCUGGAAAAACUACAAGAAAUACAUAAUAGCCCUGGUCAUCCUCAUCAUCCUGACGCUCUUCCUUGUCCUGAUUAUCUACACGUUGCCAGGAGAAAUCAGCUCCCUCAUCGUCAACGGAUGAAGAAACCUGCUGGGACUCACUGUUGCGUUGUGCUAAACUCCAAACAGUUUUAGGUUUCAUUCUCAGACUGAUAUAUUUAACCUUGUUGUCUUUUACAGUACUGACAGAAAUUGAUAGAAAUUGAUCAUCAGGAAUUUGUUCAGUGUUGGAAUAAUCUGUCACCAGAGCCAAUUACUAGACAGUGAUUAACUUCACGUUUUAGGAAAAUAAAGUUUUUCUUAAGUAAAAUGUGAUGUAUUUUCUCACGUGUCAGUUAUGCUGAUGUUCUUGUCUAUAUAUUCAAAACAAAAUCAAAUAUAUGCUAUAUAUAAAAAAAAUAAUAAUUUAAUGCACUGAUAAUUAUUUCUGAGUUUUUUUUUUCAAAUAUGGAUGUUAAAUUUGUUUCUUUGAAUAAAUUUGUAAAUAUUUUUUCAUCAACCUCUGUAAGUGGCUUAGAAGGUGGAAAUUAGACAGUUGCUAGUAAAAUGGUUUAUUAUUUUAAAAUGACAGGAAGGCAUUGAUUGUUUACUAGAGUACAAUGAUCAAGAAAUUGCACAUUAUUCAGUUGCAUGGGAAUAUUUAAACACUGAUGGAAAAUGAAUUAAUGCUGACCAAAACCAACAUUUUCACAAAUGAUUAUAAAACUGUUUUUUGAGGAAAACGUGGACGUAACAUCAUCAAAACAGUCAGCGUUGCUUUUUUUCACAAUUAACCUUCAUCAAGAAUGAGUUCCCGUUCACUACUGACCGUCAUUACAGUGAUUACAGAAUAGAUCUCAUGAUCUUCACUGAGUGGGCACUGCACUGUGCUUUUUGUUCACUAAAAGGUCAUUCAUUAUGACAGUGUCCCAUUCACGUGGGGCCCAAUAUAUUAUGUUUUUAUUUCAUCAAAGGGUAACCAAUUCACCAUAUCAGCAUGUUUCAGCAUAUCAACCUCCAUCUUACUCCAUUACAAGGACAACUCAGACUGAUGAAUCUAGUUUUGUUAUCUUUUCAUUGUGUUUUUAGAAAAUUUACCGAAAUCUUCAAAAGGUUUUACAUAUUUGAUGAAAUGGUGACUGGGCUGCCCUUUGAAUUUUUCCACCUUUUUUCUUGUUCCAAUCACAAAUAUCAAUAUAUUUUACACAAAUGUGAUGUAAUAAACCAAUACAAAGAUACUUUUGAUGUGCAAUAGUGCAAAUCAUACAUAUUUAUGAAAGCUUUUUUAACCAAUAAAAGCUGAAAAGUGUGGUUGGC